CUCUCUCUCUUUCUCUCUCUCUCUCUAAUAGCCCAAUUCCCUACCUAUUUCCACCUUUUUGUAUUGCCAAUCCACUUCGCUUUCUGUGUGACUCUCUCACUCAUACCUCUUUGUUCUCUGCUCUCUCUCUCUCUCUCUCUCUCUCUCUCUCUCUUGUCUGCUGCUUCUGGGAACCCUUUCAUCUUCCAUUCUACGCCGUCGUAUAUGAAGUGGUGAAAGGACGAUGAUGAGAAGCCAUGAUCGUCCACCUCCGGUGGCGAAGAUGAGUUUGGGUGCGGCCGAGGAUGAUUCGGCUUCGGAGAUUCAUAUUCCGGCGGAUGUAGAUUGGCAUAUGCUCGACAAAUCCAAGUUUUUCUUUCUGGGUGCUGCUCUGUUUUCCGGCGUGUCGGCGGCUUUAUAUCCGGUCGUGGUCUUGAAGACCCGACAACAGGUCUCUCACACUCCGAUUUCUUGCUUGAAGAUGUCCUUCGCCAUCAUGCGCUAUGAAGGUUUGCGAGGGUUCUACAGAGGUUUUGGUACCUCUUUAACGGGAACAAUCCCUGCCCGAGCGCUUUACAUGGCGGCUCUUGAAGUCACCAAGAGCAAAGUUGGGACUGUGACUGUAAGAUUAGGCUUUUCGGAUACUACUGCCAUGGCUUUAGCUAAUGCGGCGGCGGGGUUGAGUUCAGCCAUGGCUGCACAAUUGGUUUGGACCCCAAUUGAUGUUGUGAGCCAAAGACUCAUGGUUCAAAGCUGCAACAACAGCAUCAAAACCAAUACCCUACCUCUUGUUAGUGCCUACAACUAUAACAAUGGAAUUGACGCGUUUAGGAAAAUUUUAUAUACAGAUGGUGUGCGAGGAUUGUAUAGGGGAUUUGGGAUAUCGAUACUGACUUAUGCCCCAUCAAAUGCGGUUUGGUGGGCUUCUUACUCUGUAGCUCACAGGCUCAUUUGGGGUGGUUUUGGUUGCUAUAUGGGUAAGAAAGAUGAGAAUGAUUCCGGCUAUGCUUGUAGUUUUAGGCCUGACUCCAGGGCAGUGGUAGCGGUGCAGGGGUUGAGUGCGGCAAUGGCUAGUGGGGUUUCUGCUCUGAUUACCAUGCCACUGGAUACCAUCAAAACAAGGUUGCAAGUUUUGGAUGGAGAGGAAAAUGGGAAAACAAGGCCAUUGACAAUGAUGCAAACGGUGAGGAAUUUGGUGAAGGAAGGAGGUUUUGCUGCCUGUUAUAGAGGUUUGGGACCAAGAUGGGCUUCAAUGGCUAUGUCUGCAACAACAAUGAUUACUACCUAUGAAUUUCUCAAACGAUUGUCUACCAAGAGCCAAGAAAGCUUCACUUCAUAACUUGAAUAACCAAGAUAAACUCAUAAAGAAAUGGUUUUAGUUUCUUAUAUCUUGGAAUGUUCUACCUUUUGGCUAUAUUGGCCUGGCUAGUUGCGUUAGAUAAUAUGUAAAUUCUUUUUACUGUUAUCUAUUUCUGGGGGAAAGGAGAGAUAUCAUGAGCGAGAUAACCGCGGAUUAUAGUGUAAAUAUGUAUAGUGUAUUUCAAUAAAAUAUUUCUUCUGAUCUUGUCUUUAA